CUCCCUUGAAAAUUCCCAAAUAAACCCCCACAUUUCUCUAUUUAAACGCGAGCACGCGACGCAGGGUCUCAUCUCCGCUGGCUCCGUUUUGAUCGAGAUUUUUUUUCUUUUUUUCCCUUCACCUUCUCAACGCGAUGGCCGAGACAGUUGUGCUCAAGGUUGGCAUGUCCUGUCAAGGAUGUGUUGGUGCCGUCAAGAGAGUCCUCACCAAAAUGGAAGGUGUGGAGACAUUUGAUGUGAACAUUGAUGAACAAAAGGUAACAGUGAAAGGUAAUGUAACACCAGAUGCUGUUCUACAAACUGUUUCAAAGACGGGGAAGAAAACCUCCUUCUGGGAGGCAGAACCAGAGACCAAAGAAGCUCCGGCUGCUCCCACUGCUGCUCCCACUGAAGAGGCACCUGUCGCUGCCGCUGCCGAAGAAAAAUCUGCAGCAGAAACACCUGCAGCUGCAACCGCUGCUGCGUGACUGUAACCUUACAUUACACUAUUUGCUUUAAAAUGAAGUGAGUCUGAACAAUUGCUGGCAUUGCAUACUAGAUCAAUGAUAUUUUGUCUUAUGGUGUUAUGACGUUUGUAAUAAGAGCAGCAAGCCUUUGAAUUUGAGAUUUUAAAGAAUUCUUAUGCAGAAAUUAUGUUAAAUUGCUUUCUUGGC